AUGCCUAUCGACUUUCAUCUCGGCUCAAAGGAGGGAGCCACCCGUACCGCUGCCGCCAGCUUUGCAAACAAUGUCCUCAAGCCGGCCCGCGCCGAGUACCUCAAAUACGAGCAACACCACGAGCGAUUCCAAGCUACCCGGCCCACCUAUGCCGCUGCCGUCCAAGGCGGCCUGCUCAAAGGCCAAAUCUCACCUGCCCAUGGCGGCACCGGUGGGACGCUCAUCGAGGCGGCCAUCCUGGUGGAGGAGUGUUAUUCCGCCGAGCCAUCGGCCGCUCUCACCAUCUUCGCCACCGGCUUGGGCCUAACCCCGCUGAACAUUGCGGGCAAGCCUGGGCACGCCGAGUUUCUGGCCCCCUUUCUCAGCGGCGAGGACGCUCCUCUGGCUUCGCUGGUAUUCAGUGAGCCCGGCGGAGUUGCCAACGCCCUGGAGAAGGGUGCGCCCGGCUUGCAGACCACAGCUCGGCGGGACGGCGACGAGUGGGUUAUCAAUGGCGAGAAGAUGUGGGCGACCAACUGCGCGGGCUGGGACUUUAGGGGGUGCGACCUGGCUUGUAUCGUUUGCCGUGAUGUGACCGACGGCGAAACCCUACAGCCGGAACGUAGCGACCCCAAAGACCGCGUCAUGAUCAUCCUGGUCACCCGUGCCGACCUCGAUCGGAACGGAGCCGGCGCUUUCGAGGUUGUCCGUCACAUUUCGAUGCCGGGCCACACGUCGGUUUCCGGGCCGCACGUGCGAUACACCAACGUCCGCGUGCCAGCCAAGAACGUUCUCUGUCCCCCCAGCCAGGGCGCUCAGGUCGUCUUUGCCUCGUUUGAUGCUAGCGCCGUGCUUGUCGGUGCUAUGAGUGUCGGUCUCAUGCGGGCGGCUUUUGAUGCGGCACUGGGCUUUGCCAGGCGAGACUCGCGCAAUGGUGCGGUGCCGCUGCUAGAACGCCAGGCGUUUGCCGACUUGCUGUCCAAUGUCAAGAUGCAGACCGAGGCGUCGCGAGCCCUGACUUGGAAGGCUGCCCACGCCAUGGAAAAUGGGCCCGGCGACUACAGCGCGCGACGGGAGUUGGCGUUGGCGGCAAAAGUCUACUGUAGCGACGCAGCCGUCAAGGCUUGCAUGGACAUCAUCAACGCGGUAGGAGUCACGGCUUACGACCUGAGCCAGCCAUUUUCUGAGUUGCUCAAUACUGCCCUGGCGCUUCCCAUCUUCGAUGGAGGCAACGUUGGAAUUCGGAGGCGCCACUUACAGCAGCUCAUGCUGCUGCCGUCUUACGAUCCAUGGGCAGCAACGUACGGACCCUCAGAAAGCAAUUAA